AUGCUUCUCAGCAACUUUGUAGCUGUUUAUGCACUUUUUGGUCCAACAUUCCCUGGAAUUUAUGACAAAGACAUAGGGGUUUACACUCUUUUCUACUCGGGUUUAUCCUUGGCUUUCCCAAUUCCCACUCAGUAUACAGAUUGCUGCCAUGAUGGGGAAGCGGAGUUACCACUUGAAUUUCCAGAUGGGACCACCCCAGUUACAUGUCGUGUCUUGAUAUAUGAUAGUUCUACUGACAGCAAAGUUGGUGUAGGAUCUGUUAUGGGCAAGGCUUUAGCUCCUCCAUUGCCUGCUGGCAGUCUCUACAUGGAAGAGGUGCAUGCUAAGCUUGGGGAAGAGCUAUGGUUUACUGUGGGUGGUCAGCAUAUUCCUUUUGGUGCAUCACCACAGGUCAGUCUAUAAUUCUCUAUCACCAGUAUAAAGUAUCUUAUCAUGUUCUUUCUCUGUUGCACCAUGAUUCUCUUUUCUGUAA